AUUUAAUUGUUUUUUGUGAAGUUUUGUGAUUUACUAGACUUAGUGAAUUGAUAAUAUCAAGUUUACGAAAAUUAUGGCAUUCUCUUCAGAAACUACACGUAAAUGACCUAUAAUUCUACAAGAUGUUACGCGAACCAGACAACGAAGCUUAUUCUAGCUACCAAAACACAUUUUUGCGUAGAUCUUCUCCACCCGGGAGUCCCGCAAUCAAAAAAUGCUGCUACGAUCAUGGAGAAACAAAAUACGCACCACCAUCUGAAUCAUCUUUUUUUUGUUGCUGCUAUAGUUGUACAGGUAGUAGAAGUACUUCGUUCCUUGCAACAUUAGGUGUGUGUUGUUUGGUAUUGGGGUAUACAAUAUUAGGAGCUUUUGUAUUUAUGGCGUUAGAGGGAGGACUAUACCAGGAUACAAACAGAGCAACAAACACAAAAGGAAGUCCCAUAGGAGGGCCUGACGUUGUUUCCGAACUGAGAUCAGAUACAGUAGACAGGCUAUGGAGCAUUACAGAGAAUUUAAAUAUUCUUUAUCGAGAAAAUUGGACGAGAUUGGCAGCCGAAGAAGUUUUAGUGUUUCAAGAAGCUUUAUUUAAAGUGUUACAUGAUAGUGAAAACGGUUACGUUAAUUCGCGUGUAGGAACUAUGACUUAUUUCCAAAAAUAUCAUAAAUGGAGUUUCAGUUCCAGUUUUUUAUAUUCGCUGACACUCAUUACGACUAUAGGUUAUGGUUCAGUUUCUCCUCGAACAGCGUGGGGUAAACUAGUAACAAUUAUUUACGCCCUCAUAGGUAUCCCAUUAAUGCUUCUGUAUCUCUCUGCUACGGGUGAUAUAUUAGCCAGAAGUUUUAGAAGACUCUAUGGAAAAAUGUGCGGAGUAUCACCAAAAAAAGUGAAAUGUCCAUGUUCGAAUACGGUUCGAGUUCCAGUAACCUUGAGUUUGGUAAUAGUCUUGGCAUAUAUUUGUACUGGGGCAGUUUUAUUCCAUAGGCUUGAAAACUGGUCGCUUCUGGAAGGUAGCUACUUCUGCUUCACAAGUCUAGGAACAAUAGGUUUUGGAGAUCUUUUACCAGGACAAAGAGCAGAAGAAGUAUCAUUAUGUGCUUGUUCGGCUUACAUUUUGACCGGCAUGGCUCUUGUAGCAAUGUGUUUUAGUUUAGUACAGGACGAAGUGAUGACUUUGUUAAGAUAUAUUGGAGCGGCUUGCACCAGAAAUGAAUUGAGGCUUAAAGAAGAAGAAACUUCCUGACAAAGACCCACUACAGAAGGUGCUGCACCAGUUAAAACUAUUCCGGUGAGAAAAGCGCCUACUGCAUCACAACAUAAUAGUUUGCCCAGGAAAAAUAAUUUUCAGAGGAAUACACCUGGGCGAAGGUCCACUGGCAUGGGUGCAGAGCCACUUGUUGAGUACUUCGUACCAAGAAGCGUUAGUGAAUUUGACCUUUCAUUGGCGUCAGGUGACACUCCAAUAAACAAUACUUUCCUUCCACUUACUGUACGAGUUCCACGGAAAAUGUUUCCAAGACAAAAAGAAAAAGUUGUGACCUUCGAAGACGAGAUGGCAGCCCGUUUGAAGAAGAAUCCCGAUUUCCAAGAUGUGUUCAUGUGACACAAGGGAUAGCAAUUAGAAAUCGGAGUAGGGGGAUCAAAAUCUAGUGAUUCGGGUGGUGAAUACAUCACCAAAUUGAGUGACUUAGCAGCAAAAACAAGUGAUCUUAACGAAUUAAGUGAACUAAGUGCUGCUAUAAAUGACUUCAAUAAUGCUAAAAAAGAAAUAAAGCAGUUUAAGAAUUUUAAAAUUUGUGAAGACCUUCAAAAAUGUGAAGAAGGUUGUUCUUGUAAUGCUGAAGCUGAUUGUGACAUUUGUAAAGUUUUGGAUUUUACUAUGAAAAAAGACAAAUUAUAGUCUUGGAUAAAGUGAUUUUCCUUCAAUUUUUGUAUAGUGUUGAGUAAUUAGGUUGGAUCAGUUGAAAAUCGAAAUCAAUUACUAUCAUUUCCAACAAUUUUAAUAUAGGAAUUCUGGUAUAAAGAAUUCUAUUAAAUUUUUGUUUAUGGUGUAUUGAGAAGGCUAUACGUUUACCUUCAUGUUCCUAUUUAAAUGAAUUUUCAUAGAAAAAUUGAAUAAAUUGUUAUUUUAUAAUAAUAAAUCAAUAGUUACCUUUUAUCAUACUUUUACCAAAUUUUGCUGCAGCUAGAUGUCCUUCAAAUCACUAAUUGAAUUGUGCAAGAUCAUAACAUAUAACGUAAGACAUAACUGUGUUGCGGUAAGUAACCCCUUUGUUUUAUGUAUGACACAAAACGAUAGCAAGAUGAAUGGCAUAAAAGAAAAUUAAACAGUAAUUCCUAAGUCAUUUCUCCUUUAAUAGGCUUUUCGUCCUCGUUCAUAUGUCUGAGGUACCUGAACCACGCAUUAUAUAAAUAGUA